AUGUCAGCAUCGUUAGAAUCUGAUCCAAUACUUGUCAGUUAUCAUGAUGCGAUCGUACGCGUAUCAAACUUAAAGACGCUUGAUGAUUCAAACUGGCUGGAUGAUAGUAUCAUCACAUUUGCAUUCGAAUAUCUUCAACAUGAUUCGAAAUUCGCCCAAGAUCAGUCGAACUCAUGCGUUUUUGUCUCACCAUCCGUCGUGCAAUUAUUGAAAAUGAGCGAUGACUCAUUCGCUGACCAACUUCUUCAAUCCAUCGACUUUCUUGAAAAGAAAUUUCUGAUUUUGCCAAUCAACGAUAAUCGACAUGUGAAUGCAUUCGCCGGAUCGCAUUGGUCAUUAUUAAUUCUAGCGAUACAAGAUAAAGUUCUUUAUCAUUUUGACUCAAUGUCAUCUGCAAAUGAUCGUACUGCAAAAGAUAUUCAAAGUAAACUUUGUGUAUUCUUUCACACGCAAGUACUGUUAGUCAACGGUCGUUGUCCACAACAAGAAAAUGGCUUUGAUUGCGGGUUGUAUGUGAUUGUAAUAGUCGAAGAGUUCUGUCGAUUUAGUUACGAAAAUGAUCUCUCGAAAAGUCCGACUAAGGAAGUUUUCGAGAAGUUUAUGAACGAAAUCAGUCGAUGUAUCACGUCGGAAUCGAUCAGUCAACGACGAAAACAAUUAAAAACAUUACUCGAAUCAAUGAGUUCAGAUAGAAAAGCAUGA